AUGCUAGCUUAUUGUGCUUUAAAUCAGCUGAAAAGUAGCUUAACUCCCCCCAGUGACAAAAAAAAUUUUUUUGUGGUUAAUUUUAUUUUUUUAUAAUUAUAAUAUAUAGUGAAUUUUUUUGAUGUUAGCAAUUUGUAAAAUUUAUUUUUUAAAGUGUCUAAAAAUUUCAAAAGAACUAGCUAGAGAUUUCCUUAUAAUAAUUCUCAUUUAUAUAUUAAAAAAUUUUUGUAUACUCACGGAGGCGGGUUUUUAUUAUGCCUUGACAUAAUUUUGGGAUGGAUUCCAUCUCGGAGUAUUUUCUCAAGAGUGAAACACAAAUCCAUAUGUGGGUUCCCACACCUGAGUGAUUGCACAUGUGUAUUUGUGUCUGACACCUAGGAAAAUGUCCCGAAGUUAGGACCCAUCCCAAAAUAAUGCCAAUAGAUAAUACCAAAAAAAUAGGGAUUUUUCCAUGAUUAUUUUUUGCUCACAGAGAGGGGGAGUAAGAGCUCUUUACACUCGGAAGUUCAGUUUCAUUGGCCAAGAAAUUUGGUAUCCUUCUUCAAGAAGUGAGCUUGACUUAAUUGAUAAAUCUUAUGAAGACUGUGUAUCAAGGCUUGGAGCCUCAUAUCCAGGGUAUGAUGACUCUAGCUAUAUGAAGUGACUCAAAAAUACAAGAAAUAUAGAUCAAUCAGUAGAUGCUGAUGUGACAGAUAUAGUGUAUCCUAGUGACACUUAUCAGACUUGGAAAAUUCUUUAUGCAAGAUUGAGAGAGCUUCAUUUAGAGUGUGCAUGUGAGGAGCAUAAAGAGAAUCUUAAUAUCCCAGAAUUAAAUAUGAAUAAUAUUUAUUAUAUGACUAACACUAUCUAGAACAGGGUUUUUUUGUUUUUGACACUAUCAAAAAAGCCCUGUUUUAUAAUAAUGUAAGUCACUAUAAUAAAUAUUCUUUCUGGAUGAUGACCGAUCAUCAUUUAAUUAGAAAAUAAAUAUGCUUUUUGGUCUUAAUUAAUUAAAUUCAUUAAAUAUUUAGCACAAUAUUAGGCUCUUUUUCCAAUUUAAUCAGAAUUGUUUUUUAUUUAGGAGGUUUUCAUAAAAUCAACGAAUGUUAGGUGUUUAAUUUAUUUUAAUCAGAAGAGUUAGAGAGCUUGAACAACUUGGGAUUUACUCUCCUGAAAAGAUUCCGCAGUUUUCUCUCGUAAACAAGUAUCUCAAUUAUAAAACAGGUUUCAAGCUUGUACCAUGCGGAGGAAUGAUAAAUCCAAGGUCAUUUUUAUACGGUCUUGCGUAUAAAAUCUUUUACAGUUCUCGAUAUAUCAGACACCAAUCUGCAGUCUUUUACUCUCCAGAGCCAGAUGUAGCCCACGAGCUAAUGGGGCAUGUGCCUCUUUUUGCAAAUAAUGAUUUUGCUGAGCUUUCCCAAUCAAUUGGACUAACUUUCCACCACUGGAUCAAAAUAAUUUUGUUAGCUAAUGGAUAGGGGAGUUAAUUAUUAUUUUUAUAAUAAAUUUUAUAGUAAUUUUAAAGCAAAUAUUAAUUUAAUUUGUCAAAUUUAUCUUUUAAAAUGCAAGAUGUUUAAAUUUAAACAGAGUUAUCUAGAGAUUUCAUUAUACUAACUAUCAUUUAUAUAUCAAGAUAUAUUUUUUAUAUGAUUUUUUUUUUCCGCAUAGAGGGUGGGUUUUUACUAUAAAAAUAGGGAUUUUUCUAAGCCCACGGAGAGGAGGGGAGUAAGAUCUCUUGGAGCUACUGAAGAAGAGAUUGAAAAGCUUGCAAAAAUUUAUUUUUAUUCAGUUGAAUUUGGGAUUGUUGGAAAUCAAAUUUUGGGUGCUGGGAUACUGGGAUCUUGUGAUGAAAUAGCACUUAUAAAAAAUAAAAAGGUAGAAAUUAAGGAAUGGGAUUUGGAGAAAGUCCUGAAAAGUGAAUUUACUUUGUCAGAUUAUCAGCCUGGGUACUAUUCAGCUGAAAGUCUAUUGGAAAUGAAAAGGCUAAUAAAAGAGGGGAUUGACUUUAUAAGGCCUAUGCAGCCAUUAAAGCGUAUUCCUGUUUAUUUAUAA